CUGCUAUUCUCCUCCUUCAAUCGCUCUCAAUACACUACCGCAACAAUGGCCGACCAAGUCCCCGACCCCGACACCAUGACGCGCCCCUUCCAGCUGACGGCCAGCAUACGCCGCGGCGUGUAUCCAGCCGUCGACCCGACCAAUCCAUCCCUCAGCGCCGCCGGGAAGGUCGUCGUGGUUGUUGGUGCGGCCGGGGGGAUUGGAUAUGCCACCGCCAAAUCCUGGUCCACCGCCGGCGCGGCCGGAAUCGUCCUCGUGGGGCGCACGGCCGCGAGCCUCGAAAAGACAGCUGCGGAUUUGAAGACGCCAUCCCUCGUGGUCGCGGCCGAUGUCUCCAACCCCGCUGGAGCCGGGACCGUGUUCGAGAAAGCAGUGGCCAAGUUCGGGAAAGUAGAUGCACUGGUGUACGCAGCCGGCUACGCGGAUUUCGGGGCGAUAACCGGGACAGUCGAGCCUGAGGCAUGGUGGGGCGAGUUUACCAACAACCUCCGCGGCCGCUACAACACGAUCCACCACUUCAUCAAGGCCACCAACGGCUCCGGCACGAUCGUGAACCUCGUCAGCUACGGCGCGAUGUUCGUCGCGCCGGGCAUGUCGGCGUACUCGACUGCGACGCUGGCGGCGAUCAAGUUGGGGGAGUAUCUGGAUGUUGAACACCCCAACCUCCGCGUCUUCUCCAUCCACCCUGGCAUUGUUGCGGCUGAAGGCGGGCGCGGGGCUGUCGUGGACCACUUCACGCCGUUUGCGAAGGACAAGCCGGCGCUGACGGGCGGGCUGACGCUGUAUUUGCAGACGCCCGCGGCAGAGCCUUUCAAGGGUGGGUUUAUCAGUGUGAACUGGGAUGUUGUAGAGAUGGAGAAGCAUAAGGAGGACAUUGUAGAGGGCAAGUUGUUGAGACUUGGAUUCAUCAAUGCGAAGUUGGGGCCUGGUGGGGUUGAGUGGGCGAAGUGAAGUGGUUUGAAAUCGGUUGCUGUUUUGGAGCUUUGAAUGAGGAGAGGGGUUGGUAGCCGCUUUUGUGUCGAUGAUAGGAAUUGAGAUGAAUGCU